AAAAAAGAACAAUACGUUAAAAAAACAAAAACAACAACUCAUGUAACACGCACAGCAUGAAGGGAAACUUGCAGCACUAAUUUUCUGCCCGGAGACAAGAAACCAUCAGAAAUAUCAACGCUAAAAACAAAUACAUCUAUUUAGGGGCGCAUAUUAACAUCAGUUUCAAAGUGGCAAAAAGAAAAGCGUGAAAAAAACAACCCAGAACACAUUAGAAAAGAACAUAUAUAAACUGUAAAUGACGAAGAAAGAUUUUAAGGUCGAGCUCCAUGUGGGAGAUAAGCUCAUAAGUAAGCUGAUAAAGCUUGCGCCACAAUUCCUGAAUAACCUUGCCCCAUUAGCUGAAGCACUCAAAGUAAAACCUAAGAAACCAAAAGACCCCGUGAACAAAAUGUCUCCCGGCAGAAAAAGUCAAGCAGUGUCCUUUAUCAGCAAGUAUGAUUUAAAUAUCCUGGUAGUGAUCAUCUUCAUCGCGGCCAGCGUGGCGUCCAUCUUCAUCGACCUGGUGUACGGGGUGAUGCUGUUUACUGAGGGUCUUUUGAUGCUGGGCUACUUUAACAGUGUCAGAAUCAUUUUUCUGCUGCCCUUCAUGCUGGCCAGCCUUGGUUUCUUGAUUUACCUCUCGGUGGAAUCUUUCUGUGUCCUGGCAAUUCACUAUUUAUUUCUCAUCACUGUAGUUUGGAUUCAAAGUCGAUUCAUUAAAUAGACACGACCUGCUGAAAAUGACGACUACAGAACUACAUAAGUGAGU